GCUCUUCUCCAGCCCAGCCUGCUCUGCUUUUAGUGUGGUAACUACUGUAGAUCCUUUUGCCUUUCCACGUAGUCUUUAGAAUUAUGUCAUUGUCUCCAGAACAUUUGAUGAGACUUUGACAUGCCCAGUAUAACGAUAUUGGUUCUUCAUAAACCUGUUCAUUUACUUAGAUUUUUGUUAUCAUUUACCUAGUUUGGUACUUUCCCUCAAAAACACAUAUUUUUAUGAAAGUUAAGAUGGCUGAGCAGGUGGGCUGGAGAGAUGACUCAGCGGUUAAGAGCACCUGACUGCUCUUCCAGGGGUCCUGAGUUCAAAUCCCAGCAACCACAUGGUAGCUCACAACUAUCUAUAAUGAGAUCUGAUGCCCUCUUCUGGUGUGUCUGAAAGACAGCUACAGUGUACUCAUAUAUAAUAAAUAAAUAAAAUCUUAAAAAAAGAAAAAAGAGGGGCUGGGGAUUUAGCUCAGUGGUAGAGCGCUUACCUAGGAAGCGCAAGGCCCUGGGUUCGGUCCCCAGCUCCGAAAAAAAGAACCAAAAAAAAAAAAAGAGAGAGAAAAAAGAAAACCAUUUAAAAAGAAAAAAUGGCUGAGCAGGUAAAGAGACUUGUUGCCAAGGGUGAUGAGCUGAGUUUAAUCCCCAUGAACCACAAGGUGGAAAGGAGAAAACAGACUUCCAAAUGUACACUUUGGCACACAGAGGCCCACAGACAUACACACAUGUGAACACUAAAUAAAUUAAAGUUAAAAUUCAUACAUAUAUGUUCCAUGUAUAUGUAUUUCAUUAGAUUUACACCUAAAUAGUGAUGCAAGUGUGAAUUUUAUUAUAGGUUUAAUUAUAAAAACUCCAGUUGCUUGUUGAUAGCACACAGGAAAGUGAGUUUUCUCUUAUCUGUUAACACUGUAUCCUAAAUUGUUGCUAUAGUUGCACGUUAGUUCCACAAGUGUUUUAUAGACUUCCCUGAGUUUCCUGCAGUUUCAGUUUAUAUCACUGAUGGACAAGGAGACUGUUUUUGCUUCCCAAUCUGUGUUUUUAUUUUUCCUCCCUACACUUUGGGGGUUUUGUUUGUUUGUUUGUUUGUUUUUACUCUGUGUGUUUUUAUGUCCUUUUCUUCUAUUGUACUCACUGGGACUUUCAGGGUGAUGUUAAAAAGCAGCAUCUUUAUAUUGGUCCUGAGGAGAGCUUCUGGCUUCUCCCUUCCCGUAUGUGUCAUUGUGAUAUAGUAAGUAUGGUGACACAGAGCUCCUGGAACCUUUGUAGUGUGUGUUAGGGAUGAGAACAGCAUCUUCAGUUAAUGAGUCUGUUGAGCCAUAGCUGAGUCUGUGCUGAUGUGGCCUCUCCCAUGACAAAGAAGGUUGGUCAGCACAGGAGCCAACCAUGCGAUUGGAAGGGUAGGACUGAAACCUGCACUGAGGCCUCUGGCUGGAGACUUGUGCUGAUCAACGACAGCCAGUGAUGGGUCAUCCAUGCCUAUGCAGUGAGGCCCUGGAAGUUCAUAGAACUGAGCAGGUGAAUAUGCACACGUACUGAGAUGCUGGCGUGCUGGGGGAGGAAGAGCUUGCUACCCACCCCUGACCUUGUGACAGUUAAGUUUGUUGUGACGUUUUGUGGCUCAGAAGGUUACUGCUCUGUGUGAACUUGAGAACAACAUAUGGUUUGUUGUUGGAUAGUGCAGUCUUAGGAUGUUGAUUAUGGCCCUGCGUCAAUGAUUAAUUCUUUAAGUCAUUGGAUCUGCCCUUUUCUGGCAGGGGUCACAGCUGUCUUUUUCUCUAGGGGUUUAUCUGCUUCUCCAACAAUCCUGUCAUGUUCGUCCCAUACAUUUCAGUGUUCUAAUACUAAGGACACUCUCCUUAAAGACUGGUUCCUUCACUUUGGAGUUGGAACUGUAUUAUAUAAUACCCCAGUAGGGUGGGUUGGUUGGUUGGUUGGUUUGUUUGUUUGUUUUCAAGACAGGGUUUUCUCUGUAGCCCUAGUUGUCCUGGAUCUCAAAAACCAAGCGGCCUCCAACUCAGAGAUGGCCUCCUCUGUCCCCUAAAUGAUUAAUCCUCGCACCACCACCUCCUCCUUUUAGCUUUGUUUCAAGUGUUAGUAUGAAAUGUCUUAUUUUCUCUGUUUCUGAUGCAUUUCAGACCAACUUGAACUUCAUAUUCUGCCUGACCCUCUGGAAUAUGAACUAUAUAUACAUAGCAAGACCUUGUCUCAAAAAAGAGAAAACAGAUUAAGACAAUUAUAGCCCUGUAUCUGAUUCUAAUCAUUGCAGAAAGAGAAAAGAGACUUAUCUUGCUUCCACCUACUUCUGAUGUUUUCUUUUUAUUUGGGUUUGAGUUUCUGAACUAAAGCUCUAUUUGGAAUAAAAUUCCUCAAUUUUUGACUGAAAGUGCUUUCUUCAUUGCCUCUGAAGAGUGAUCUCACUGACUUUAGAAUUACAAACACUUUCUUCAUUGUUAUUAUUAUAGCCGGGCAGUGGUGGUACACGCCUUUAGUCCCUGCACUCAUGAGGCGGAGACAGGCACAGCUCUGUGAGAUCGAGGCCAGCCUGGUCUAUGGAAGGAGUUCCAGGACAGCUGAGGAAACCCUAUCUCAGAAGUUCCCCUCAAAAAAUUUAUUUGCUUUUAUAUCCCCACCCUACCUCCGGGGUGAGAGAGAGAGAGAGAGAGAGAGAGAGAGAGAGAGAGAGAGAGAGAGAGAGAGAGAGAAACAUGUCAUACACAUGUGAAAGUAAGUCAGAGGACAACUUGAAGAAGUCAUUCGGUCCUGGGGACCAAAAUCAGCCUUGGUAGCAAGCACUUUUACCUAUGAACCGUCUCUGAAGUCCUUGUUUUGUUUUUAAUAUUUAAUAUAUGGUGCUGCUAGGUGUUGUGCUGGAAAUAAUGAGCCCAAGGAAAGGGCAUAAAAGUUUUUGCCAGACCAGAAUUGAUUACAGAUUUUAAUAAAGAAUGCAUACUAAGGAUAGAAACACAGUUGGUGAAUUCUCAGAGAGAGAAUAAUUCCCUAAGGAGUAAAUGGUGAGUUCUAGAGCAGUUAAGAUGCGUGACCUGGCUCUGUCUCCUGGGCUGUAUGUGGGUCAUGUUUGAAUAGGAAUGAGGAGGACAGCUCCCUAUCUUGUUGAGUAGGAAAUUUUAUAACACCACUUGUCUUCCCUGAGACAAAUUAGGUGCUAAUUAUUUGUAUAAGACAUUACAAGUCUUUUCUUUUAAAACAUGUAUUAUUACUUCUUUUUUAAUUUAUCUAUAUGCACAUACAUGCACCACAGCACACAUGUGGCAGUCAAUCUAAGGACAACUUGAAGGAAUCCAUUCUCUCUUUUUACCAUGUGGGUCCCAGGGAUUGAACCUGGGUCAUCCAGUUUGAUGGCAAGCAGCUUUCCUCACUGAGCCAUCUUGUAGACCCCACAGAAUUUAUUCUGUUUAUCAGAAGUGUGUCUCUGAACAUGUAAGUUUUUAUGUCUCUCUCCCACACUUGUCCCUUCUUGUUGACUUUCCUUUAUAAAAUCCCAAAGAAUUUAAGCUUUUCUUUUGAAGCAGUAAAUGCCUAGACAUAGGCCACAUCUGACCACUUGUUUUUUUACAAAUGAGAUCUGAUCUUGCUAGAAUAUGGUAGUAAAAUAAACUGUUACUGUCUAAAUUUUUAGAAUGUCUAACCUAAAUUGCCUGGAGGCAUUGUUUUUAUAGUGUAAAAUUAACCUUUUCAGUCUCACAAGCUUAACUAAUUCUUUGAAUAUGGUUGUUUUGUAUGUAUGAGUGAUUUGCCUGCAUGUAUGUAUUAUGUAUGUAUGUAUGUAUGUAUGUAUGUAUGUUCACCACCCUCAAAGGUCAGAAGAGGGGUUGGAUAUCCUGGAACUGGGGCUAAUGGUUGUGAAACACUGUGUGGGUUCCGGAAGCCAAAUCUGGGUCCUACCCAGAGCAGCAAAUACUCUUUGCUGUUGAGUGAACUCUCCAGCCUUGGGGUCCUGUCUGCUCUUACAGGUCAAAGGCGUUGGGACUGAGCUGUGUAUUCUGUAUUCACAGGACAGCUUGAGUUCAGUCCUGUCGGUGGGAACUUUGUCUCAUAGCCACAUCGAAUAUGUGUGUAUAAGGGAGGAUAGCAAUGCCAGAUGACAGGUUCAGCAAAGGCUGGGCCAAAAAAAGCAAAUACCUGCAAACAAUGUGAAUGCUAAGAGUAACUCAGAACAGGGCUGGAGGUGUGGCUCAGGAAAGAGUUUGCCUAGAGUUAGUUCAUAAAGCACUGAAUAAAUGAGUAGUCAGGUCCUGGUGGCACAUGAUAUGUAACUUAGGAGGUGGAGGCAGGAGGAUUAGAAGUUCAAGGUUAGCCUGGGCUACAAGAGACCCUGUUUUCAAAGGGGGGGUGAUGGUAGUGACAGGAGGAGCAGGGAAGAGAGACUCAAAGAACACCUAACAGGACUGCAUUUAGUCAGAGCACACCCUUAGCAGAGACAAGGUAGGAAGUUUACAUCUCAGGGACACAGCAAGGUCAGAGUGAAGCUCGUCAUAUAGAUGUAAAGAAAUGAGCUGCUAGUGUUAGUAGAAAAUACUUCCAGAGUUGAUCCAGGUCCCUGAAUAUGAAGUUCCAUCACAGAGAGAAUGUAGGGGGAGGGGGAGGAAAAAAAGGGAAGAGAGGUAAUCGGGAAACAGGCCAGCAGAGACAGGAGAUUUUACACACACGCACCCCCCCCCGACUUUUCGUGGUGAGAACCGAGUAGGCUCCUGGAUCCCUGGAGCAGAGUCGUUAGGGCAAAGGUGGCUGGUGCUUGAGAAGCAGAGAUUGAGCAGGGCUGAUGUGAAAGGGUGUGGUGAGCCUGGCAUGGUGGCCCACACCUUUAGUCUAAGCCCUGUGGAGGCAGAGGCAGGCCUGGUGUACGAAAUGAUUCCGAGACAGGCUUGUUACAGAGAAACCUGUCUCAGUAAUUACCACCAUCUUCUGAGACAGCUAUGACAUCCCUCUCAGAGCUGAGGGUUGGGUAUAAAGAAUCUAAGUCCUAAAUUAUGGCAAAAGAGAUCUAAUUGAAGAACAUAGUUACAGUGCCACAAAGUGACCAGCAUCCUUUGUCCAGCAGUGGCCAAAUUUUGUUACUGAGGAAGAUAAAGUCAGUUUAGUUUUGUUUUCUUUUUUGAGAGUCAAACUUAGCUAGUUUUUGCAGUUACAUUCUGGGAGUGGAUGGGGGGAGAUAGAGGACACAAGACCUAACAUAGCUCCUACUGGGGAGACAGCACUUACCCUGAACGCACAGUCUAAUGUAUUGGGCCUCCCUCCUUCCAUGUGUGGGGUGAGACCCAGCCUUACCACAGACUCCUAAACACUCCCACGAGAAGAGAUGGCAUGCCAGUCCUUGGAGAUAAAACUCCAAAGCUAAACCCACCUACUUGGUCAAGCAAGAAUGAUCUUGAAGGGCUGGAAGCUUACAAACUGAAACUGGCCACCAAUCAGCUGCAAGGGAAAGGGAACUCAGGUCUAGGAGAGAGUGAAAACCUGGCUCCCUGGAGAUCUCAGAUGAGGAAGGAAAGCCUUUAUUGCCUGGGUUUACCCCCAUCACUAGAUAGGAGAAAAAGAGAGAGGGGGAGGGGGGAAUCCUUGAUCUCUUUCUUGUUUCUUCUUUGAGCAUGACUACUAACAAACCAUAUCUAACCACCUACCCCCGGCUUAUUGGGGCUCUAGCACUUAUAUACCCUCUGAAAAGUUCCCAGAAUUCCAAACACACAAUCACAGAAACUGUCUUCAGCUGGCAAAACCACACCUCCGCUAGAGCAGGAGGCAAAUCAUAGUCAGCGGCUUUGAAGCAGCCCCACAUCUGGGAUUCAAACAAAAACACAUUCUUAGGAUAUUUCUAUAUCUUAAAAAGAAACCAAAAUUCCAGAGUUAUCACUACACACCCCCUCUCUUGUGGUAUGGGGCAAAAGGAACUCUUUUUAAUUCAUGUCUUUGAAUGGCAGCAUGGGUGACUCUUGAUUUUUGACCUUGUCAUCUGGGCUGGUGCAGGAAUAUGACCAAAGUAGUGUCCUCCUGGAGUAUCUGCUUAACUCUGAGAGGUAGGUGCACUGUCUCAGAUGGCAGAGACUAAGGAGAUGGCGUGAGUUCACAUCCUACCGGGCUAAGAGCUGGACUGUUCUUAAUUUCUGCAGUGGUUGGAGGUUCUCUGUAUGUGCCUGCCUUUGUCUUGGUUUCCUCAAAACCUCUAGCACAGCAAUGCCCCUGGCACUCUUCCAGCUGUGGGGCCUUGUGGCUUGAUAGCAGGUGUAGAGAGGGAAGCCACCUGUACGUAGAGGUUGAUGUCAGCCUCAGAGUGACCUGUGUUUCUCAGCCAGGACCUUCACAAAUGUGUCUUAUGUUUUUAGUAAACCCCCUUCAGUGAAAUGGAGGGACUGGAAGCAUAAAAUAAGUGUCCUUCCCCAGCCAAGUCCCCAGAAAGUCCGUCUGCAUAGCCCCCAGAGCCACCUUGUAGCGGUGCUCCUGGUGGGUCACAAGCUUCCUGGUCGCACACUUCUGGCCAACCACCCAGGAGCUCUACAGAUCCGAGAAUGAAAGACACACACUCAUGCCAGUUAAUUUUUAAAAUGCCGUGGCCUGGGGUUGGGGAUUUAGCUCAGUGGUAGAGCGCUUGCCUAGGAAGUGCAAGGCCCUGGGUUCGGUCCCCAGCUCCGAAAAGAAAAAAGAAAAAGGAAAAAAAAAAUGCCUUGGUCACCUCAAAGACUGGGCAGCUCUAAUCAAGAAAAUACCCUGCAGACUUACUUACAGGCAUUGGGACAGUGGCCUUUUCUCUUUUUACAAGACUGAGGUUUUUCUUCCCAGAUAAGUUUAGCUUGUGUCAAGUUGACCAAAACAAAAAAGCAACCAUUUAUUAGAGUCUAUCAUUCUAAUAGUCUCGGUGGACUAACUAGAUAAACAUCAUCUUUGCAGAGAAUAACAUUAGAGGCUGUUUUAUAUGUUGUGUUGAAAUCUGUAGGAGUUCUCUUUUCCAUUCAUCAUCUCUGGUUUUCCUCUGUCCCUGUGUGCUCCUCUCUGUUGUGAAUGGUCAGUUGGACCUUGCUGUCAUGUUGAUGCUCGUAGGACCCAGACCCCGCACCUCGUGCUACCCUGCACCUCCUCAGUGUCCUGAAGAGCCAGCUUCUGCUGGGUGCUUUGGUGGUAGCUUUUUGACUGUGUAGUGCUGUAUGAUUAGCCUCGUUUUUUCUGCUUGACACAGCAGGAAACUCUGUUAUUGUCAACAGAGCAAUGGUAUGAGGGUAAGAAUCAUGAACAGUUUUCUCCCCAGGACCCAGAAAGCAUAUCUACCCAUGUCCUCUCACCAGGCCCCACGACCCAUUUGCCCUCUGAAAACUCCCAUGUUUAGAGCUAAGCUAAGCUAAGCAGAAAGGCAUCCGUGAAGACAACAGAGUGUAUUAGGAGCCUAAGCUCCUGGCAAAUGUUCCUGAAGAAACAGCUUCUGUUCUGUGCCUGCCCUGCUGUGCAUUUGAUUUAGUGAGUUGAUUCCCUCGGCUCCACUCUGUGGAAACAACAGAGGGUAGAAUUCCUGUUCCUUAUCUGGAUGGGACAGCUAACUCCCUGGCCUAGUGCUGACAUGUAAGAUGCCGCUCAGUCUCCAGAGCUCCUUUAGCUCUGAAGCUCUGUGAUCUCCACAUUCUUCUAAGACGGAGCCUUUUAAUAAUGGACUACAAUUCCCAGAAUGCUCUCUUUGGAUUGGCAUUCAUUUCCUGCAAUGCCUUAACAGCCAGGUGCACACAUUUCCCCGGCAAUUGGCAGAAAAUAACCUUGAGGAACCUUGACGGAGUGUAUCGGAGUUCAGAAAACUUAGGGAUGGAGCCUCCCAAGCUGAAUCCAGUGGUGGAGCCGUUGUCCUGGAUGCUGGGUACCUGGCUGUCAGAGCCGCCGGGAGUUGGUACCUUCCCAACACUGCAACCCUUCCAGUACCUGGAGGAGGUGCACAUCUCCCAUGUGGGUCAGCCUAUGCUCAACUUCUCGUUCAACUCCUUCCAUCCAGAAACACACAAGCCAAUGCACAGAGAAUGUGGCUUCAUCCGCCUCAAGCCUGACACCAACAAGGUGGCCUUCGUCAGUGCCCAGAACACAGGUGUUGUGGAAGUGGAGGAGGGUGAAGUGAAUGGGCAGGAGCUGUGUGUUUCAUCCCAUUCCAUCUCCAGGAUCUCCUUUGCCAAGGAGCCCCAUGUGCAGCAGAUCACGCGGAAAUUCAGGCUGAAUUCUGAAGGCAAACUUGAACAGACGGUCUCUAUGGCAACCACUACACAGCCAAUGACUCAGCAUCUUCACAUUACCUACAAGAAGGUGACCCCUUAACCCGGAGCCCCUCCUAGAGCCUGGUGAGGAGCCUGGCUCCUGCAUCUAGCCCCCCAGUUUAGUAGACAUGGUGUGGUCUCAGGCUCUGCUGACACUGAAGUGUUGUCCAGAUGUUCUUGUAAUGGCAUAGAAAACCAAAUAAAAGGCCUUUAUUUUUAUGGCUGAAGAUUUUGAAUAUUA